GGGCUUCUUCUGGUCGCUGGUGCGCUACCACUUCGGCUGGUGGGGCGCCGCGGUCGCCGUGCCGGCCCUCUUCCUGGACCACCACCGGUGCGAGGCAAGCCUGCCGGCCGCCUCGUGGCUGCUGUACGGCGUGGUGCUGCUGGGGAUGCUGGCCGCGGCGGUGCUGCUGGAGCUGUCCGUGGUGCGGCGCCUGGGGCUCCUGGGCGCGGAGGAGCUGCGGCACGCCUGGCUCCAGAGGAGGUGGUGGAUGCUGCUGGCCAGCACGGUCCUCUGGAAGCUCGACUCGUACACCGACAUCGCGUUCAUGUUCAUCUCGGCGGCGUGCCC